AUGAGACGUAUGGUAUGCCACUUGAGACCAAGUCCGGCUCAUACAUCUAUUCCGGCAGAGCAUCCGGCUUUCACGAUUGGAAAUUCAGGACGCAAGCUGGGUCUUGCAACACUUCGAGAAGAUGAGACGCAAGAGGAUCUGGCCGUCUGCCGAAUCCUUGAAGGAAUGCGAGCUGAUGCUUUCCAGAUUGCUCGAGAUCUCGGCGCCGAGCACCUGAGCAAGUGUGAUGGCAUAGACCAGCUGAUUGAGGCCAUCCAGAGGGAAGACUUGGCUGCAAAGCGAGGAAGCCUCAGAGCUCUUUCGAGUUGGACAACAACGGGAUGGUCCCCUCUCAAGGAAAAGUGA